GGUCGCGGAGCGGAGUGAAGUACCCAUUUCUACGGCAGCAAGAGUCUCAAAUUUUUGUGCCUGAAGUAAUGUGUUCUGAUUUGCCGUGUCAGUGACUCUUAAUUUGCGACUUUCUUUACGUGCAAACACGCAAACGGGCUUAAAGUGCUAGUAGGCGGGUUUUGUCAACAUUCUCAGUUCACCAGUGUACACUGUUGCAGAAACUACCAUGUACAGUCUGCCUGUAUCUCGUGUUAGUAGACCUGACACAGUGCAACUAUCAGGAACCACAACACUGAAAAAAUUGACAGCCAUCUACCACUGGACAGUCUCUGGUUUUGAUAUUUGUCCUGAGGAUGCUGUAAAUAUUGGGUCUCCUGUGUUCUCUCACCCAAAUUUGAGUAAAUGGUGCAUGGAACUUGAAAAUGACAACGGCAGACUGAUGAUGUGCUUCCGUCUUGUGGCUAGUGAUGAUUCUCUGCCUGUGACGGCAACCCUUGAAGCUUUAGUGUCGUAUCGGGAUGGUACAAAACACAGUGUGUAUUCACUUGAAGACCACAAUCUUAAAGUAAACGAGAGAUCUUCUCUGCAGUGUCUGACGGACAACAUUAACACUGAAGAACUGGGUGACAACUGGAGUUUUGAAUGUGAAGUUUGCAUUGUGGAAGUGGUUGCAGAGGACACAACUGAGGAAGAGCUCGAGUCAGACGUGGCCAAGGAUCUGGAGCAGUUGAUGGACUCGAAAUUCUUAUCAGAUAUCACAUUGAGUGCUGGAGGGGUCCGGCUGGAUGCACACAGGGCGAUACUGUGUGCACGUAGCCCUGUUUUCAGAGCCAUGCUGAGUCACGACACGAAGGAGGCUCUGGAAGGCCUCGUGGAGAUCUCUGACACUGAACAGCAAGUCGUGUCAGAGAUGUUGCGCUACAUGUACACAGACAAAGUAUGUGUACAGAGUGAUUUGACAGAGCAGCUCUUGGUGGUUUUCGAUAAGUACGGGCUCCAGGAUGCCAAGGUGAGGUGUGAGAUGAAGCUGGCGAGACAAGUUACAGUAGACAGUGCUGCUGAUAUUGCUGCCCUUGCCAUUGCUCACACCUGCAGCUUCCUGCAAAAGGUGUGUGUGGCUUUCAUUAAGCAGAAUCUUGAGCAGGUGGUUGGCAGCAGAGGCUGGGCAAACAUCAUUGACAGGUAUCCUGAGGCUGUGAAGACCAUCUGUGAAUCGAUCACCGAAGGAUCAGAGAGGUGUUCAUCACCUGCUACAUCUGGUGCACAGUCAGAUGCCACCACAGUGAAUUCUCCAGCUGCGGAGCUCACACCAGAACACCUCACUCCUGCGACACGGUCUGGGAGUUUGGACACUGUGAGGGACGCGGGCUACACACACUGUGAAAGAAGAAAAAUGGUAUAUAUCUGGGAAGUUAUGGGCUUACUUAACUGGCCCAAGGGCAGAAAUUUUGUCUCGUCGGCACCUUUUUGGCAUCCUGAGACAAUUCAGUGGGAGCUGAGACUCUACAACCUUGGAGAAAAGUAUCAUGUGAAGUUAAAGCUGUUAGAAAAUAAAGCUGCUGGGGAUGUAAGGGUGGGUCAGAGCUUCACUUCAGAUCCCCAAAAACGGGGGAAAUUAAUUAGUGCGGAAGACAUAAUCAUUAAAGAAGGGUCAGAGGGGAAACGUUAUUUUUUAUUUUCGAAAACUUUUGAGGACGUGUGUACAAUAAAAUAUGAAAUCAGUUUGGUGUGUGCAGUGCAGCAGUGUGGAGUAGCAGUUAAGCCAGCACCGCAGUCCGAUCUCAAAAAGGAUCUGCAUUCCCUGCUAGAGUCUGGAAAUUCUGCAGAUUUUAAAUUGUGUACCGGGAAUGUGGAGACGGGAGCACACAGAGCGAUACUGGCGGCACGUAGCCCCUUCUUCUCCCGUUUGCUGCGGCUCGACUCUGAGGUGUCGAAGGAGAGCCAGUUGGAGGUCCCAGAUGUGAAGCCCGAAGUGUUGGCUGAGAUUCUGCGUUAUAUAUACACUGGAAGUGUGAAAAAUCUGGGUGACUCCACAGCAGAACUACUAGCAGCAGCUCACAGGUUUGAGCUUUGCGACCUGAAGAGAGAGUGCGCCACUCGCCUGUCGAGGCAGCUCACUGUGGAUAAUGCUGUCACUACAGUUGUCUGUGCCAUUGAGAACCAGUGCGGCGAAUUGUUAAACUCAUCUGUGGAGUUCAUCCGAUUACGUUUCAAGCAGGUGGUGGGCACCGCCAAGUGGAUUGAGGCCAUUGACACACACCCGGCAGCUCUCAAGGAAAUCAGUCAAUGGGUAGCAGCAGCUGGAAAGACCAAAACAGUUAACUGAAUAAAUUAAAAACAAAAAAAUCUCCAAAUAGCUCAACUGGUUUUAUGUAAUAUAACUAACCCAUAUACAAACACAGCAAUCAGUCUGCUUAGAUGGAAUCUAAUCAAUCAAAUCUCCAAAGGCACAAGAAAAUGCCACUGCCAGAAAUCAGUGAAUGUGUGUGUACAUAGGUUUCUGUUAAGCUAUAAUUACUUUACAUUCAGUGAUAAAAUUUACACACCGAAGAAUGGUUUUCCAAGCGGUUGAAGUUAGCAGAUACAAAAAGUUCCAGUGUCUGACACCACUAUACACAGGUCAUCUUACCACCCAGUAUCAUACAAAUGUACUGCUUACAAGUCAUUCAUUUUCAAAGCCAAUACUGUGAUGCUUAAUAAAAGUGAGGAUCAUGUGGAACUCACUGCAAUCUGAAAAUAGCAGAAGUCAGUUGGUAUGAUGAAGUAGUCUCUCAUAGGUAGAAUUAAAACCAGUGGACAUACAGGACUUCAGAUCCAUCAUCUGCAUACCACGCUGUGCAGCUCUGUAUAGAGGUUAAACAGAGAUUUUAUCAAUGCUACUAUGAACACACCAGUGCAUACUUCACUGAAAAUUAAUUCAAAUUAGCAAGAGCUCCCUACAUUAAUAACACUGGACACUUGUUCCAGGAUACUGAAAAUAAUCUCCAAAUAUUACCUAAUAUGGAGAGAGGUAAUCAAAUAGUCAUAUGAAGUGAAGUGCUAGAAAUCUUCAUAGAUGGCACAUUACUAGAUAAUAAGUUGCUGAAUGACAAACUAGAAAGUAAUAGUGUGGUUUCCCUCCCACAACUUUUCCAAAGCUGUUUCAGUAAGAACAUAAACACCUGUUUAAUACCUGAGCCUUUCCUCAACAAAAUCAGCUGGAUUUUUAAGUGUAACAUUUUCUGUGAUGAGGAUAAGAAACACAUUUUUUAUGCUAGUAGUUGACCUCCAGUAAUUAAAGUGUAAUAAUGCAUGUGUGUGACAUCAGUAUCUUAUCAGUACAAAAUGUUUUAAUCCAGUAUGAAAACUGGUCUUGUGUAAAUGUAAGCACAUUAUAGUUUUCCUGUACAAUCCGCCAAAUUUAA